GCCGUCAUCAUUCUACCAGUUACUCGCCUGCAGCAUCAUCCCUAACUGACAAAGCGCGCGUCAAUACCCACCUACCUAGGCACUAAUAGUCGACUUUCAAGAUGGCUACCAGCGUAUCAACAUACACAAUACGCUAUGACGAGGUGGUAGACCUGGGCGCGACCCUCAGCCGCGACAAGCUCCAGAAGGAGAAUGACGACCUGAAGAAAGAGAACGCCGAACUCCGGAGGGAAAUCGCACUGCUCACGGCCACGCCGGGUUCUCGUCCAUCGAGCGACCAUACCGUCCGGGGAAGAACUCCUUCGACCUUGCCCGAAAAGCCAUUUAUGAGGCCCACUAGGGCCUCCAAAUUUCGACAAGUCGCAUGCCGCCACGAGACCGAGAACGGCACUGAGAAAGCAAACAAGAACAUGCCGCCAGCCAUCAGGAGACACGACGGAGAACGGAAACCCCAACUACCGAGCCCUUGCAACGGCAACGCGUCCCGCAUGUCCUCGGGACCGCGCUACAUGCAGCCCACGAGCGCCAGCGUCCGGAAGAAGGACGCUCGACGUCCAAGCACCGCGACGGGGUUCAGGCCGACGCAGACCAGCGCCAAGGCGUCGGCGAACCGGACCAAGAUGACACCCGCCGCCGCCGCACGAACCCCGCCGGCGGGCCAGUGCCUCGACGACGCGCUCUGGCAAGCGCUGCGGGCCAGGGCCGAGGGACAGCCGGUUCCCGUGCGCAGGAUGACCGGCGGCCAAGUGUCGACCGACAUGUCGCAGCCUCGGACCAACGGACAGCAGGCGUCAUGGCCUGCGUCAUCGCCUGUCUGUCCCGGCUUAUCGGAUGGGUCAAGCACCUAUGUGGACUCGUUCGCAUCGUCGCCGAUGGGCUAGUGAGGUGUAAAGCUCGUUCUAUACUGGGCCAGCUGCUGUGG